AUGUUUUGUCAGGAUAGUCAGCUCGUGAACAAGUGUUAUGGUUCUCGUUAUCAAUGGAUUAUUCUUGGUUAUCCAUCAUUAUCAACUUGGUGGAAUGAACCAACUGAUUGUUCAAUGCAAGAAAUAAUUCAUGUAAUUAAUGGUACAUUACAAACACGUGUACCACCUUUAUCUAUUGAUGAUAAUGAAAAUCAAUCAGAAUAUAUUACGGAAUAUAUAAAACAAUUUUCUAAAUUAGAAAAAGAUUAUUUUGAUGGUUAUGUAUAUGAUACAAUAUGGAGUUUAGCAUAUCUUUACCAAUCACAUUUAUUAAGUAAUCAAUCGAUUACUGGAAUAUUUAAAAAUUUUCUUGAAAAUAUUGAUUUUAUUUAUGCUACUCUAAGAAAUGGUCCACCACGAGAUCGAACAAAUCAAACAAUUCAAUUUGAACAUAUUUAUUUGUCAGUAUUUAUAUCAAUAUCAAUAUCAAUAUCUAGUGGAAUUGGAUUGUUUAUAUCAUGGACUUUUCUUGCUUUUAAUAUUCAUUUUCGAUUACAUAGAUAUAUUCCUAUGUCAAGUUCAACAUUAGAUAAUAUUAUUUUAGCCGGUUAAAUUCGUUGUUUAACUGUAAAAGAAUUAACGUCAUCACAAGCAAUUGAUCGUCUUGAUGCACCACUAUCUGAUAGUCCAUAUGAUUUACCAUUAGAACCCUUUGAUUAA